CCUAGCUCCACUGCCCUUUAGUUCCCCUUAGAGCAAGAGCAGGCUCUUUUAGCUCUACCAACAAAAAAACAAACAAAUCUUUUUGAUUUGAAGUGUUUUUUCUCUCCCUCCCCCCUCCCCCAGAUUUCACAAGGAACUUCUUGGCCCCGUGAUGAAGUUCUUCGUUUUGCUAGUCCUCAGUUUCUGCUGCUGUCAUGCCACUCCUCUGCCGGCCCAAGAGGUGGAUUGCAAUGACCCCGACGUCUUCAACGCAGUGGAUCUAGCACUGAAGAAACUUAAUGGGGCGAGAACCCACGGCAACCAGUUUGCUCUCGUUGUGGUCACUGAAGCCAGGAGAACAGAUGCUCCUGGCACGAGUUUCCUUGUUUCCGUAAAAUACAAGAUAACAGAGACCGUGUGUGCCGUUGGAGAAGAAAUCCCUUGGCAAAAGUGCGAAUUCAGAGAACCCUUGGAGGCGGAGUCAGGGGAGUGCAGUGCUGAAAUUUACAUUGACAACUUCAUCAACUUUUCCAACGUUUCACAGGAAUGCAGAAUUGUCCCAGGUGAAGGUAAGGUGACAGCAUCACGUGCUACAUGCACCGGUUGCAGACCACACCAUCGGCUAGCUGCCAAAACAACUGGCCUCCUUGAGCAGGGUUCUGGAAUCCUACGGAAGCCUCAAAGAAGUCAGGUAGUAGCAGGAUGGAAUUAUGCAUUUGAAUAUUUGGUGCAAGAGACAAAUUGCUCCAAGGCUGAAUUUCCGGACCUGACUCCUGCCUGCAAGCGUAUUCCCGAAGGUCGUAUAGGCAAAUGCGUGGCUGUUGCCCAUAUCAACAUGACGAAAGGCCUUUCCUACGCUGUGCAAGAGUGCGGACUGCAAGUCAUGGAAGAUGUUGUUUCUCCCAGUCGUAGCUGUCCGGGUUGUCCCAGGUCUCUUGAGACUAACAGUUCAAAACUGGAGAUGCCAAUGAAGGCAGCCUUGGAGAAGUAUAACUUGGAGAGCAACGACGAAGCCUAUUAUAAAGUGGAAGAAAUAUCAAAAGCUACAGCCCAGGUUGUGGCUGGAACUAAAUACGACAUAGAAUUCAUCAUUGUAAAGACGAACUGCUCUAAGGCAGACUUCCAGGAGCUGAAUGAAGACUGCAGCCCCAAAGAGGGCGGAGAAAAACUUCAGUGCACCGCCUCGAUCCAUGUGAUACCCUGGAAGUCGGAAAUCUUUCCUAAUGUGACCUGUGAGCCACAUCAACAUAGAAGAAUGUCUAUGUUCUACGCCUGGCCUCCAGGAAUGACCCCUUUCCGAGCGUUUGCGAUGCGUCAUGGAGAAAGCCCACCCUUCACCGAAAGUGAGCAAACAGCUGGAAGUCAAACGGCUCCUCUCCCCAGCUCAAGAAAACGUCUGGGGGCUGCACCGUCCCGUGAAUCAAGAAACAGACAGGGACCAACAAAAGAACCAACAAAAGAUCAGCCUUCUAAGGAAUCGCACGAAGAUGGGAACAAGCAAGAAGAAACCUCACCGGAACCAGUGGUCAAAACCCUGGAAGAUCAACUAGCCCCUGCAAAGCCUUGUGGGGGAGAAGAAGAGCCCAAUGAAAAUGGCGCCAGAUGUCCCAAAUCUGACUCACAACAAGACAGCAGCGAAUCUUCUGAUUUUUCUGUGUCUGAUUUAUUCCCGGAACCAGAUGCCCCCAAGUGUCCGGGGAAACCAUGGAAACCGGUUACGGCUCCCCGGUCAACCGAACCGGAAGUACCUAUUGGUGCUGAAGCUGAUGCCGAACAGCAGGAACCAGCUCAAGAAGAUUUUAAUUUGGCCGAUGCGCUCUCUUUAUAUUAAGCCCCUGGGGCUCAGUGAAAGAGCCGCACUUGCAUACAUGAGGUUCCCCAGUUCAAGCCCAGCCAUCUCCAGUUUUAAAGGAUUGGGUAGGAAGGGGUGUGAAAGACUUCCACCUGAGGCCCUGGAAAAUCUUGCAGGCUGAGCAGAUAACACUGAUUUCAUUAGGCCAAUGGUCUGCUUCAAUAUAAGGCAGCUUCAUGCUUUCACCCCAAUCUUUGCAGCUGUGGCAGCC